AUGCCGCCUUUUAUUGCCGUGCAUGUGCGACGUGGGGACUUUGGGCGUCAAUGUCGGGAUGGCAGGAAGCCGGAAGAGUGCUUCGUCCCGCUUGAGGAGUAUCUCAAAGCGGUUGGGAAUGCCAUACAACAGGAAUUGCACGAAAAGAAGGCGAUGGACGUCAAGCAUGUCGUCCUGAUGUCAGACGAGAAAGACCCAAAAUUCUGGGAAGAGACCAAGAAGCUCGGCUGGACGCAUUUUAACCACGAACAGGAUAAGACGGUGCAGAAAUACGGCGAGUGGUAUCCGGUGCUCGUCGACAGCGUUGCGCAGAGCCUGGCUUCCGGCUUCGUGGGGACUGGCGACUCGACGUACAGCCUUAUGAGCGCGCGUCGGGUGGAGGACUGGAACGCAGGCCCUAGGUUCCUUGUCAAAAGAAAUCUGGGCCACCCAUCGUGA